GAGAAGGAUCGAGUAUCAAAGCAGAAUGGAGGAAGGAGGGUUGAGUUUGAGCAAAUAAACCUAAACCCCUUCCCACAGUGUAGUUAAAGGUUAUUAGUCUUGGCAAAGCAACGCAAAGAUGUAUUCGACCAAACAAGCAGACGUAACUAAAACUGGUUAGAGGUGUUUUUGUUAAUUAAAUUCUUAAGCUGCUGAGCUGUGGGGCUAACAGCUACCUACGUCCUCUUGGCUAACACAGUACAGAUGUUUUCCAUUGUUUGAUGAAUAAGUUAGUGUGUGCUGUGAAUUCCCGCGACAGUUAGUUCUGUAGUUAAUAGUACGGACCUGUAGUACAGUGUGAAGAAGCAUAGCAGGCUGGUCCUGGUGAACAGAUGAGUGUUUGGACGUUUGCAGGUGCUGACAACAGGACUGAAGAUUUAAGAUGAGCAAAAAGCCCCCUAAUCGUCCAGGUAUCACUUUUGAAGUUGGGGCCAAGAUUGAAGCUCAGGACUACCUUCAUAAAUGGUACCCCUCACACAUUGAGAAGAUCGAUUAUGAGGAGGGGAAAAUGCUUGUUCACUUUGACCGCUGGAGCCAUCGAUAUGAUGAGUGGAUUUACUGGGACAGUAGUCGACUGCGUCCUCUGCAGAGACCAGCGCUUCGCAAAGAAGGUCUUAAGGAGGAGGAUGAGAUGGUUGAAAGACUCAGCGAGAUGACAGCAUCUCGCCAUCAUGAGCUUCCUGGAAGUACAGAGAGCACAGAGGACCAAACAGAGUUACCACAGUCAAGACAAGACUUGAGAUCAGGUGAGGAGGUACUGGCUCGAUGGACUGAUUGCCGUUACUACCCUGCUAAGAUAGAGUCUAUAAGCAAAGAAGGUUCAUACACAGUUCAGUUCUAUGAUGGAGUUGUUAGGUGUGUGAAGAGAAUGCACAUCAAGUCAAUGCUUGACGAUUCCAAAGGACAGGACUGGAAUGCUCUGGUGAAGGCAGCCACUGCCAAGGACAAGCCAAGAACUAGUGCCAGCAGCAACAGGGAUCAUGAGGAGAGUUCAGAAGAUGGGGACCCGGAAGACGAAGAGCUGGAAGUCACCCAGAUGCCAGCAACACUGAAACCUAUAAGUAAGGAGGACCCGAAACGAUCCCCAGGACUACAUGAAACUGUGAGAUGCAGAAAGGAGAAAGAAAAGAUUGAUGCCUCAUGCAACACAAAGGGCAUGCGCUUCCCCAAAAUGAGAGCCUCAAAAGGAGCUGAGGAUGACAUCUCUGUGAGGAAGGAAGAUCAGGGAAAUGCUGUAGGGCUUUCUGAUGAGCGUCGUUUGGUAGGAACACACGAUGAAAGCCCAGUGGGUCUGACAGAGCAUCCCAUAACACCCACCACAACCUCGCCCACCAAGCUACGCUGCCGGCGGCUUAAGCACACCUCAGGAGAGCCCAUUGACAGCCCCAGGCAGUUGAAGGCCAUGGUAGAGGAGGAGUCCACCCGCACAGAGAUAGCUACACCUUCAGUGAAAGCCACACCCAUAGUUACAGCCACUGCCUUACACACAGCUUCCAGCACGCUUCAGCCCUCAGACCAGAGCCAGCAGCGGAGGCGUUCGCAGCGCUUGGCUAUGUGGGCUCCUUCCAUCCCCAUGGGGAACACUCCCCCUGCCUCCACCUCCAGACCACAUGAGACAGGCUCCGAGGUCCUCUUGGGUGAAACAUCCAUGCCAUCUGUUCAGAUGGCCCCAGACUCUCCCUUCCUGGCAGAGAACUCCAAGCCAGCUACUGACCUUAACAUAGAUGUACCAGCUGUAACAAAUUCAUCAUCUGUGGCACUGCCCCUCGAAACACCUCAGCUUCCCGUCACAGAGGUAGCCAAAGAAACUGACAGUCCCACACCCAGUCGCAUAACCAUUGGAGAGAAGUUAUCUGAACCCACAGCAGUUGCUGGACUGAAGACAGCCUGCAGGAAUCCAAAAGCAAACAAGCAUGCCAGGGAGCCAAUAAUGAACACUAUCAAGAGUGAAGGGGGGACUUCUCACAAGGAUAGCUUCUUUGACCUGGAUCACAACAAAUUUAGCUGUAAGGUGCCGGGCUGUUCCAAGGCUUUCCGCAAGGCUAAACUGCUUGACUACCAUCUCAAGUACUACCACAAUGCAGAGAAGGAGUUUGAGGCAGGACCCUCCGGCAAGGUGGGCCGCACAAGGGCUAUCUCUACCUCUGUGCCUGGCAGCACCCCAUUUGAGAGCAUUGACAGCACAAGGCGGAGGACAGUCUCGACAUCUGCCUUUAACCUGUGUGCACACACACACGUCUUGCCCUCUCUAGCUUUCUCUGCACAGAGUCACUUACAGCUAGAUAGCUGUGGGAUUGGUGUGAAACCAACCAAAACAGACAAGAAGAAGCGCUCAUCUGCCUCUUUCAGUUCUGAUGGGUCGGAGAGCCUGCUCCUUGUUCCCAACCAAGAACAGACUUCUGACACACUGCAUGACAAAAUCCUGAAGAAGGUCAUAGAAAAGGACAAGUAUUUGGACCUUGGACUGAUCCAGCCUGAGAAGAAAAUGAAACUUGAAGAGACAUGUCAACCAAUAGGAAAGAAGAAGGAUAAAGAGCGAAAAGACAAAAAAGACCAUUUCAAAGUAAAACAAAAGAAGAAGAAGAAGAAAAAGAAAUCCAAGCAGCAUAACUUGUCUGAUUUUGAGGACCUGCCCCUGUCCCUCCUGGAGAGAUGCUCCUCCCCUUGCAGGCCUUUUACUCCGCAGGGUAACGCCUCUUCCAAGCUCACAGCCUUUCAGUAUCCCCGAGCCAUCUUGUCUGUGGACCUCACUGGAGAAAAUCUGUCUGACAUCGAUUUCUUAGAAGAUUCCUCCACGGAGAGUCUAUUCUUGAGCGGUGAUGAGUACGGCCAGGAUCUGGACUCCUUCACUAUGGACGACUUCCAGGAGGAAGACAAUGAGGAGCAGGGCGCAUCCAGGGAGAUCGUACGUUGCAUCUGUGAGAUGGAUGAUGAGAAUGGCUUCAUGAUUCAGUGUGAGGAAUGCAUGUGCUGGCAGCACAGCGUGUGCGUGGGUCUGCUGGAGGACUGUGUCCCUGACCUGUACAUCUGCUACAUGUGCAGGGACCCCCCAGGUCAGAGGUGGAGUGCCAAGUACCAGCACAGUAAGGAAUGGCUCAACAAGGGCCACAUGUAUGGUCUGCCCUUCCUCUCGGAGAACUACUCGCAUCAGAAUGCCAAAAAAAUUGUGUCCACACAUCAGCUCCUGGCUGACGUGUUCAGCGUUAAAAAGGUGCUUCAUGGACUACAACUCAAAAUGGACAUAUUACAGAGGAAACACAGUCCAAGCUUGCACUUGUGGGCUCGGUCAUGGGUUAAGUCAGACGAAGACAAAACCAUGGUAAACUGCCCCAACCACAUCCUCAUCCAGGGCCAGCUGUCAGAUGGUCGCAGUUGCUACCCCAGUCUGGACAACUACAUCACCAGCGAGCACAGCUACCAGAAACCUUUAGGGCUAGGGCUGGACCCCUGGUCCUCUACCAUCUCAGAAGGGCGGUCAAACUGGGAGCCUGCAGUGCCAUUUGGACUGAAGGAGGAAAAGGAGGCUACUCUGUGUUCCCAGUCUGGGUGUCUCGGUGACCCUGAGGUGGAUUCAUCUGGACAGGGCAGAAGCUGUCUUCAGUUGCAGCUGAACCUACUGAAUCACGUUGAGGAUGUCCAGAAGCAGGUGGCCAGGAGAAUGGACCUGAUAGAGAAAGAGCUGGAUGUGCUGGAGAACUGGCUGGACUUCACUGGUGAGCUGGAGCCCCCAGACCCACUAGCUAGGCUGCCCCAGCUCAAGUGGCGCAUGAAGCAGCUCCUGAACGACCUUGUCAAGGUGCAGCAGAUGGGCUCAUUGUUCUCCAUCUGAGUUUGGCUUGGAUCCGAGGAGCAUCCCGCACCAUCCCCCCACCACAGAGAAGGUUGUCUGUGGCGGUAUGUCCCAAAAUGGGCCCUGGUACCAUGGGUCAAUGUUCAGCCCACACUCUGACCAAAGUGUAGUGCCAAGAGACACGUUCAAAGUUGACCUCAGGUGCUGGGGAUAGCAGAAGGUUUUCUGGGAAUCUGUGUUUAAUGCUUUCACUAUUACUUGUACUAGUUAAAACUGAAGGACAGUUCGAUCGCAAAAGUGUGCAGCCCUGAACGUAAAAUGGAUAAAUAAGUAAAAUAAUCAGUAAAAUAAAAAUAUGAGUUGCAGCAUGAUGAGUGUGCCGACACAAAAAGGCAGUACAGUGAGCUCCAGUGGCUCGAAUGACAGGAAUUCUUCAGUGCAAAGAAAACAAUUUGCAUCAGUGUAGAAUCCAUUUACUGAAGGAUGAUUUUGUGAAAUUUCAGCAGCUUUGACCAUUCUUUGAGUGGAUUGACUAAAUGUGGUCAGAAUCCACUUUUCUUUUAAGGGUCUGGAUAUUAAAUUGUCCAGCCAAAUCUGAUUCAUUACUUUUACAUUUGAUUUGUUAAUUUUGUUCCUAAUAAUAAGUGAUCAAGAAUCUCUUAUAUUUGUUUCUUUAAUGCUGGAAGUUGCAAAUUUUAAAAUUGGAGGAGAAGUUCUUUGCAUAUUAUAAUUAACCACGAAUAUCAAGUUGGUUGUCUAUCUCUUCUGAGUAUGAUAAACUUCUGUUCUGGACACCUUUUGGACUGAAAUUUAUCGUUCUGUUCCUGCUGCUUGGAUUAGGCCCUGGGUCUCAGUCAUGGAAGGUAAUUCUUAUCUGUUUUCCAUUUACUUUAGAGUUAGAAUUGUCUUAUCUCAGCAGGGUUCUUGUAAACUCUAAUGUAAAUACAACAAAAAUGCAACAAAACAGUGUAUGCACACUCUGCAGGUUAUGAAAGAAAAAAAGAUCUGUUAUUACCAUAUAAAGUACUUGAAUCGAAAAACCUGUUUUUGUAAUCAGUUGUAAUGAUGUGUAUAAUUAUCAUUUUUAUAACUGGUAGGUUAUUACCCUCAUAAGUUGCUUUUUAAAUAUUCUGGCUGUACAUUAGGGUUAUUUGACUAUACAAAACUGUUAUUUAUGCAGU